AUGCUAAAGACAUCUUAUACGGUCCUAAUCUUGUUGAAGUGCUCUGUGAGUUUACAAGCUUUAGGCCGGCAUGCUCAACAGCUCACACCAAUCAAGUACAAAUGGGGUUUCUGUUUUGUGAAAGGAGUCCCUGUGAAUCCUGAAUCAACUAAAGCACUUCUCGAACGGAUUGCGUUUAUCAGACACACUCAUUACGGUGGAUUCUGGGACUUCACAUCGGACUUGACCUUCAAGGAUACUGCCUACACCACGGAAUUCCUAGGCGCGCAUACAGACAACACAUAUUUCACUGACCCUGCUAGACUUCAGCUUCUCCACCUUUUGUCGCACACUGACGGCCAUGGGGGGGCCAGCUUGCUUGUAGACGGUUUCAAGGCUGCCGCCAUCAUGCGGCAAGAAAAUCCAAAGCACUGCGGAGUCCUCGCCGCUACCAAGCAACCGUACCAUUCAAGCGGAAAUGAGGAUGUAUGCAUACAACCCGUGGAGCAGGCCCCUGUCUUCAAGAUUCACCCCGAACUGAACCGACUAUACCAAAUUCGAUGGAACAACUAUGAUCGAGCAGCAAAACGAAACUGGGGAUUGAAGGAGCAGAACCGAUGGUAUAACGCAGCACGCCAUUUUAACAAUAUUAUCCAGCGCCCGAAUGUUGAAAUAUGGACACAGCUUCAGCCCGGAACUGCGCUCAUCUUCGACAACUGGAGAAUGCUUCAUGGUCGUUCCGAGUUCACUGGCAAGCGGCGGAUGUGUGGUGGAUAUAUCAACAACGAUGACUUCAUCUCGCGUUAUCGACUUCUGAAAUAUGGAAGAGAAAAGGUUCUUGAAAAUCUGGGUAACCUUGCUUUCUACAAGGGUAAUCCCGCUUUGCUCCUGUAA